GAUGACUGCCUCCGUGUCUCCUGUCUCUGCGCUCCACAUCUACAGGGCUCAAUGUUGGUCCUCCGCGUCGUCAAACUUUUCAUUCCACACAGCUAGUGCGCAUGUUUUCAUGAAAGGAGCUCCACUGGCGUCGUUUCAUGGCUCUACUUUGAAGGAAUCAGCAACUCUGUCGGAUCCGAGAGGCCAGAUUAAUGCUGCUCACACAGAUUGGGACCCAAAUACAUGCUCCUUGAGAUCUUUUCCCACACAGUUCAGUGUCUCUGUCAGUAGACUCUGGCUCUCAUUUGUGUCAGCUGUUGCUACCAGUGUCCCCAGCCUUUACUGUAAUUGAGAGAAGGAUCAGGAUUGAGCACAGCUGUCUAAAGACUGCAAUGUCAUCAAAAAUGCAGAGCUCCAGUAGUAUAGCUCAGGCAAGGCGGACGGUGCAGCAGCUGAGGAUAGAGGCCAGCAUCGAGAGGAUAAAGGUUUCCAAGGCUUCGGCAGACCUGAUGCGCUACUGUGGAGAACAUGCCAAGAAUGACCCGCUGCUCAUGGGCAUCCCCGCUUCAGAAAACCCUUUCAAGGACAAGAAGCCUUGCACUGUUUUGUAGGGGAAUACCUGAGCACUUGCUGCUUUCCUUUUGAUUCUUAUGUGGAAAAAAAAGCUGUAAUAGUAAUACUGUUAACAACUUAUCUUAAGGCCAGUGUAUCACCUUGCCCCCAACCUUUUCACAUGCCUGCUGCUGCAGUUGAAGGAAUUUAUUCCUCUCUGCCUCACAGUCAGAUAUCAGUUAGUUACACCAAAGAACAGGCAGAAGUCUGAAGUUGUGGCCUUGGAUCAAAGCUUUAGCUCAAACUAAAAUGAUUAAAAGUUUGUAUGAAGGUUCGGUGGUGACUUUAGUUUUUCUGUACUGUUAUCUGACAAGGCCACAGACCUGAAGAGAGCUGUGCCAUGGAUAGGAGAGUUCCUGACUUUAUAAUUAUCACAGCGUCCAUAAACAAGCCCCCUCAAUCAUUGGUCCAGGCAGAUUUAGGCUUUGAGCUUUCACCUCUACUUUCAUCAGGCUUGCUUCAGGAAACAUUUGUUUUAGUUUGUCUGCUACUGAUAAUGAGUCCCCGUGAUAAUGAUAUCCUGUCGUUGGACAAGUGAACUGUGCCGUCCAUCACAUGAAGACAAAUGGAAAGAGUGGAGGUUCAUUGUCAGCUAUGCACAUCUGCUGCUUCAUAUUUUGUUAUGUAAUGACAAAAAUCAGUUUUUAAAUUUGGCCAUUAAAUUGUUCCCAGCACGCUCCUAGCACAGACAGGGGAAUCAAAUUGGUUCAAAUUGUCCUGACAAUUCAAUCUUUGCCGACGCAAAUAAUUCAGUUCUAUUGUUGAUUGGAUUUUCAGUUUUCUCUAACUGUCCUCCGAGCUAGUAGCUGUUAUAGACUUUCAAUACCUACUUCAAUUGAAUCCAAUGCAGAGCUGAAGAGAGGUUUCGAUACCAGAGGGUUAAUUUUCUUGACAAAACUCGUCUUUUUUUUAAACUCUUUUUGUUUGCAUUUGCCUUAAAAACAUAUGUAAAAUGUCCGGUCUUACUUUCUCUAAAAAUUAAGCAGUACCAGUAUGAACUGUACAUUAUGCAUGACCUUUUUGCAUGAUGUAUGUCUUGAUUUGUAUAAAGAAAUAUUUAUUAUGGGGCCAUCAUUGCUGAAAAAAGGAUUCAAGACCAAUCUGUGCCAUCUUAUCAGAUCUACCAAUUAGAUUUUCAGUAUCUCAAUAUAUAUUUAUUUAUAUAUAUCCUAACAGUUUUCUGUCUGCAGAGCUGAGGCUAAUUUCUACUAUUGUUAUUACUAUUCAGGCACUUUGAAACCUGUAAACACCAAAUGACUGUUAUACUCUUGAGUUUGAAACAUUCCAUGUUUACAACUGCUCCAAAAUUUACUUAGAUUUUAUUAUAAAAACGUACGACUGGCAGUGUGUACUUUUGACUUUAUGUCAUUUGUGUGUUGGUGCUUAUGCAGAACAUAAGGAACUAAUUUUGCAAUUUUACCAGCCAGGGCCUUAUGAAGUGAUGCGGCUUCAACCUUUCGACUACCUUUUUAGUCACACAAGUGCUGUUGUCUAAUACUGUGAAUAAGCAAGCCCCUUAGGUAAAGGGAGUAUAUCUUACUAUUAAUUCCAUGUAUGACAUCAUAUUUCAAAAUGACUAAUGUUCAGUAAUGAAUUGUAUCAAGAUAUAUCUCAUAUGUCUAUCAAUAUUGUAGCGCAGUAUGUACGUCCAUGAACCACAGUAUGUGCUUGCUUUAAACUGUUUAAUGUACUUUAUAGGAUUGUACUGAUUAAGACAACUUUGAAUUUUUGCGAUACUAAUUCAACUUUCUGAAUUGAAACUGAAUGUGUUGUUUGGCUUAAUUGAAUUACAAUUACAUUAAAAUGUUUGUGGUUUGUCACGCCUGGUGAGUGUAGGUUACUUUCCUGUAGGUCAUAUCCUGCCUUUACCUGUUUAACAUUAUUUCCUGUUUGUUAUAAUGCAAAUAAACCUAUAGAAACAAGUUA